UGUCAUGUUUCUGUCAAAUUCUGAUUAGACGUCACUAAUAUGCGGAAAAAUAUUAAAUUAAUUAAAGAAACUUAAUUUAUAAAAAAAUUUAAAAGUGCAUCCAUGCAAAAGUGAGCCCGAAUAUUUGUUCAAAACGACGGACAAACACUAAAUGUACGGCGAAACAUUUAUCAGUUAGCGACCACAAUGAAAAAACUGUUUUCAAAAAUCGAAACCAAAAUCGACAAUACUUCGUCAAGAGAGGUGAAUAAUUUCGUGGGUAAAGUGUUUACGGUGGGCCGACACACGGUGACAGUGGAAGAUGUACUUGCUGAAGGCGGAUUUGCGAUCGUCUACCUCGUCAAAUCUAACAACGGGUCUCGAUAUGCACUUAAAAGAAUGUAUGUCAACAAUGAGCAGGACCUCAAUGUGGCCAAGCGAGAAAUUCAAAUUGCUAGUAGUUUGAGUGGACACAAGAACAUAAUCGGUUACGUUGACUCUAGUUUGACGCCAACUGGGGGUGGCGUUUACGAGGUGCUUCUUCUGAUGCCCUACUGCCAGGAGAACGUUUUAGGUUUGAUGCGGACACGGGGCAAGGCCACGUUCACCGAACACGAGGUCCUCCAGAUAUUCUGUGAUACGUGCGAAGCAGUCUCACGACUGCACCACUGCAAAACGCCGAUCAUCCACCGCGAUCUUAAGGUGGAAAAUAUAUUGGUGGCCGAAAACGGUAACUAUGUGAUUUGCGAUUUUGGUUCGGCGACUGCACGGAUUUUAAAUCCAAGCGAGAAAGGCGUGGCUCAAGUGGAGGAGGAGAUUAAGAGAUACACGACUCUAAGUUAUCGGUCACCGGAAAUGGUCGAUCUCUAUUCGGGAAAAGUCAUCACCACUAAAGCGGAUAUUUGGGCUUUGGGUUGUUUGUUGUAUAAGUUGUGUUUUUUUACGUUACCUUUUGGAGAGAGCACUUUGGCCAUACAGAGUGGAAACUUUAGCAUUCCAGACAGUUCCAGAUAUUCCAGGGGACUGCAUCAAUUGAUUAGAUUUAUGUUGGAACCGGAUCCGGAAAAGAGGCCGGAUAUUUACCAAGUCAGUACGAUCGCUUUCCAAUUAUUAGGGAAACAAAACCCCGUCAAAAAUCUAAUGAAAUCCUUAACGCCGACGUUGGAGGAACUAACCACGCCGCCGUUCGAAUCCGAAUUGAAAAAGACACAGGUGAAGGUGGUGAACAAGGUGGUGUCGGCUCCUCUGGUCGAGGGUACAAGUGUGAUGCCCCGCCAAAGGCCAAAAGGCAGUUCGUCCGCCCCCCUCAACCUGAACACUAUCCCAUUGAACAUUUGUCCAAGUCCCACGUCGACCAAGAAACUUUCCUCUCAGAGCCCAUCCCAACUAUACCAACCAGGUACAACCACAACAACGGUAACAACAACAACUACCACAACACCAGCCUCAUACAUUCCCCAAUUCACACCGCCACCCGUUCAGUCCCAACAGCAGAAACACCAUCUCGACUCCCUGUUCCAGUCUUCCAUUUAUCCGGAUCCGUUCAGAGACGAGGGCGGAACCGUUUCGCCGUCGACUAAGGUGGCAGAGGUCGACGACGUGACUCUUGUGUCGCCCCACUCCCCCGACAACCCGCUGUUGGGAUCGGGCGGCGGUGCUGGUGUAUGUCGCAGCCAACACCAGACCACCAAGCCGUCCGUCACCGAGUCUACGCACAUGAUUUCCGGAACGGCCACGCCCCCCACCACACCCACUCUCUCCGUUCCCAAGGGACAUCGCAGAAACAUGAGUGACACCACUGCUUUUAAUAAGGCUUACGCCACCGAAACAUCCCAAUUCCUGGCCCCGUUCGAGUCGUCGAUUAAACCGCGAGGCGGCGGCACCGACGACUCCCCGUCGUCCGGUGGAUCGCCGGCCGACAGCGGGCGACCGAUGGUGCCCAUGGGAUCGUCCGCGUCCACCACGGACGUGAGCCGGCCGAUGAAUGCCGACGGGCGUUCUUUGUCGGCCGACGUCGCCGAUUGGAACCCGUUCGAGGAGCCGCCUUUCGGCCAGAUGACCGAAGAUCACAUAUUCGGCGCCGAAUUCGACAAAAUCAGGCGUGGCAGCCAGAGUAGUAUUCAAGGGGUGAAAUCGAGGGAGAGUCUGGUGAUGUCGGUGACGGAAGAUCCGUUCGGUUGUGCCCCGUUCAGUCUUCCAGUCAGAUCGCGCGAUCGGGCCAACAAAAGCGGCCUUCCAUCUUCAGCGACUCCGAUUUACAAACAAAAAGCAAUACCCGUUGAACCACUAAUCGAAGAGGAAGUGCCGUUUUCGGAAGGCGACGUGCCCUUGAUAAACGACUGUGAAACGAAUAUACCGGCCUCCUCGCCGCCGUACGUCAAAGCGCCCCUCGAAGACCGAUCCAAGUACGAAAAACUGAUGCAAAGCGCUUACGUAACGACCGAUUCCAGUUCGGACGACGAGCAACAGCUCGAAUCAUCGACCAAAGUGUACGACAAGUCAAAGAAGAAACGGAAAAUGAACCUGCCAGAAAAGUUGCAUUCGGUGUACAAGAACGUGGAGCCGAUAGUGAAGACGUUCAAGGAUCAAAGAACGGCCAGGAAGGACAACAAGAGGAAGAAAGGGAAGAGGGAAACGGACGAUGUUGACGUGGAGUCGGACGAUUCGAUUGGUUCGGCGAGCGACUUGCGUGUCGAUGACGAAGACGCACGGGAAAUCAAGAAGGACGAUGCGAUCAGCGAGACGGUGAGCGAGAGCAUCAAAACGUGCGGCUCGUCCGCCUAUCACGCAGAGUGUGAGAGUCUGGCAACGCACGAGGACGAUUACACUAGUCGCAAGAUACGCGCCUUGAAACGUGACGAGGAGAAAAAGGCGGCGACCGUCGCGUCCGAAGACAUGUUGUUCGUCGGUCACCAGUACGGCGAGAAGCCGCUGUUGAUGGACGACGAGUUGGACUCGGAUUGCGAGGGCAAGUUGUUCCAAACGGAUUGGCCUGAAGAGGACAGCGUAAACAAGGAGAUGUGGAUGAUCAAACCUGCUACCAGUUUCGACAAUAACGAUAACGACAGCGAUGUUUUCGCAUUGGCACCGUUUUCUAAAUCGAAACCUAAGAGUAAAACGGUUUUUUCGCCGGACACAUCGACGACCGCAAGCACAGCCGAAACGGUCAUCGAACACACGACCGUCGUUCCUACCGAUUAUUCAAGGAAGAAUAGCGUUACUAGCAAUCCCUUUUUGAGCGUCGACUUUCCGGCGACUAGUCCGGGCGACACCUUCGGCAAAAUCACCGUCAGCUCCAAUUACAUAAACAUCGAACUGCCCAACAACGACUUUCGAGUGUCGCAGCACUUUGAAUCCGAUUUCGAUCCCUCAAUUGUACCAGAGGAACAAGUCAUUUACGAAAACGUCCCGAUUCCUGAAACACCCGCCACACCCCACCAAACAAGCCAUUUCGAAUAUGUACCCCAGAACCAAUUCGAGUUGGUUUUUGGGGAUGAUGCGAUAAUGCCACGAUCAGAAAGCCAGGAGAUAGCGUACAACAAACACAAGAAGGACAAGAAGAAGGAUGCGAAAUCCAAGUAUCGAUUGAUCGAUGAGAGCAUCUCCGACGACAGUCCCAGUUAUUCGGGCAAAUCCAAAGGGGUGGCGACUCAUAAAAAGGCCGCGGGCAAAUCGAAGAAACCGAAGCACAAGUCGGAGGGUGGCGGCUUCAGUAAUAUGAGCUUCGAGGAUUUUCCGUCGGACGACCAAAACGUAGAUGUCGAUCGUUCGAUUAUGCCUUUCGAGGUGAUUCGAACGCCCGAGCAGGAGGAACGGAAGUACGUGCCUAAAAGAUUGGGCAAUCCGUUUUCCUGAGGUAUACAGAAAAACAAAAUUGUUUACGACAAUAUUUAAUUAACGUCGUCGAUUUAUCCUGGAUGUGAACUUCUUUUCAGUAUUAUAUUGUUUUCAUUCAUCCGGAACUAAAUUAUACAUCGUAGUAUUGUUAGUGUUAUUACCACAUUUACGAUGCGAUGUUUUUAUUGUGAUUUAUGCAGCAAAUUAUUUAUUAAUAGGUAGCAAAUCGACAGAAUUUUUGGCAACUCAUUCCACAAAUCAAUACUAAAACUAUUCAGACUGACCUAAUGAAAGUUUUAUAUACCCAACAAUAUUUUAGAUUAGCUUAAUACCCUUUUGGUAAAAAUUUUUCUUGAAUGCAAACGUGUAGUGAUGCCUUAAAAAUAUAUAAAGUAAAUUGGUUAAUGGAAGACGAUUGUGAUUUUUAGUGAUAAACUUAUCAAAAAGUGGUUUUUAUAAUAGAGAAUGUUAUCCUACAAAAAAAAAAACAGUGUCAAAUUAUAGUAUUUAACGUGUGCUAUUGAAAUUGUCGCAUUAGAUUUUUGGGGUAAUAUUUUUCAUAUAUACCUACACCAUGUUGUUGAAACAGUCUUACAAAGUUGUUAUGUUUAUUUGUUACUUAACAUUUAAUUGUGCAAUUUAUCGAUGUUAUCUUGUUUUAUCUAAUUAUAGAUGCAAGUCUCGAAUUAUUUUUUUCUUGAUAGGAGACGCGAAUUGUUGUUACACUCGUUUCUGGUACUGUAUGUAAUUGAUUGAUUUUUAAAAUAUUUAUUGAUAUGAAGGCUGAAACUUUAGAUAGAUAGGUAGUGUGUGCCUUUUUUAUUAUUUAUAAAUUUUAAAUCAAUUAUUUAAAAUUAUUCAUUCCACAGGUUCAUUUUUAAAACAUAAUAACAACAUAUCAGUUGAAAAGCGUUUGACCCGACUAAAUUUUGAGAGAGAUAUCAUGCACGACAGAGACAGUAAAAGUCUACUUAGUGGGAAUCUUUUACUGUCUCUGUCCUGCAUGAUGUCUGUUAAAAUUCAGUAGGAUCAAAGGCUUUCCAAUCGGUAUAAUACACAAUGUUUUUUGUCUUAAGGGACUGUGAUACAAGUUUUACGUCAAAUAAUUGAUUUAAAACAAAAACAAUUUUUUUCAGCACGUUGCAAAUUAGUUUUUCAACUACAGGUGAUGCUGAUAAAAUUUUGUUACCACUAUUAUUAUAUAAACUAACUAUCUAAAGAAAUGUGAAACCAAAGUCGUAAAACUUCUUGAAUCGAAUUUCCUAAUAUACAUAUACAUAUAUAAAUAGUCAAUUAAUGUGAAUGCUUCAGUUGUGCGAGACAGACAGACACGACAUAAAACAAACAAACACUAAUGUAUUAAUUACUAUAAAAAAUUAUUUAUUAUAAAAACAUGUACCUAUACAGUUAUAUAAAGUAUAUAAUAUAAAGUAUUGUUACAUUCCUUUUUAUUUAUUUACUUAGCUUAGUAUAUUUGCACUUGUAUCUUGUAUGCAUUUCAAUAAAAUUUUGUUGCAUUUA